AUGUCUAACUGCGACAAUUGUGGUGAACGUCCGUCAGCAAAGCAGAAAAUUAAUUGUAAGGGCUGUUCCAAAGCUUUUCAUGCAAAUUGUAUCAAAAUUCAAGAAUCCCAGAUACAGGCCUACAGUUCUGGAGAAUUCAUCUGGCUGUGCGAUAUUUGUAGUGACAAAGUCACCAGUAGUAAAAAUCAACUAUCUCCAAUGGCAGACUUUGAGACUAUGUCUGAAAUACGAGAUACCUUGAAAGCCAUACUGGACCAACAAAAUCAUUUUAUUCAAAAACUGGAGAAACAUAAUACUCAAAUUAAUCAUCUGGAGAGUAAAGAUCUCGAACAUGAGGCUGGAAUACAAGAAAAUAGGGAAAAUAUAGAGAAGCUGGAAUUGAAAAUGAAGACUAUAAUGGAAAAGAAUAACAUUUUGAGGCAAAAGUGUAACAAAAUUCAACAGAAUAGCAUGAAUAACUGUUUGGUAGUCACUGGUGUGCCACAGCCAAAAAAUGAAAACGUUUUUCUAACAACGCAAUUUAUCGGUUCGGCGCUGGGCAUGAGGCUGGCUGAAUCACACAUUGCCAACUCGUAUCGUAUUCAGGGAACUGAUCGGAAAUAUUCCAAUUUGAUCAUUUGUUUCGCCAAACAAUCUUACAGGGACGAAUUUUUGAAAUGUCGUAAAACUAAACGAGAUUUUUCCACUAAAGACUUGGACAUUUCUUUGAAAAAUCUUGUUCGUGAACAUAAUACUAUUUAUGUCAAUGAAUAUUUGACUGCUUAUAAUAAAAACUUGUUUUUGAAGGCAAAAGAGUAUAAAAAUAAUAAUAACAUAAAAUAUCUGUGGAUAAAAAAUGGCAGUAUAUAUAUGCGAAAAUUGGAGGGAACUAGGGCCGUAUUGAUCACUUCUGAAAAUGAUUUUCAUAAAAUCUAA